GCCAAGGCCAGGGCUGUGGCGGCUUCCGGCCUUGGCUCGGGGGACACCCCAUCCCACCCCACUCCCGCCCAUGCCACAGCCCUCUCUCUCUAGGGACUAAACAGGAUCCAGAAAGCCUGUAGAACACAUCUUGAGAAAAUGACCCAUUGGUUUCAUAGGAACCCGUUAAAAGCUACAGCUCCCGUGUCUUUUAACUACUAUGGCAUGAUCACUGGUCCUCCUGCUUCGAAGAUCUGCAAUGAUUUGAGAUCAUCCAGGACUCGGCUCCUCGAGUUGUUCACUGAUUUAAGCUGUAAUCCGGAAACGAUGAAGAACGCAGCAGACUUGUAUUUCUCACUUUUACAAGGUUUCAUAAAUUCACUGGGUGACUCUACCCAAGAAAGCAAGUUACGAUAUGUGCAGAGCUUCAAGUGGACUGAUACACUGCAAGGACACGUUCCGAGUGCCCAGCAGGAUGCUGUUUUUGAAUUGAUAUCCAUGGGAUUUAAUGUAGCAUUAUGGUAUACCAAAUAUGCUUCACGAUUGGCCGGAAAAGAAAACAUAACAGAAGAUGAAGCAAAAGAAGUCCAUCGGAGCCUAAAAAUUGCAGCUGGAAUUUUUAAACAUUUAAAGGAAAGUCAUAUACCCAAACUUCUUACACCAGCAGAAAAGGGCCAGGACUUAGAGGCUCGGCUUAUAGAUACUUACGUCAUCCAGUGCCAGGCUGAGGCUCAAGAAGUAACAAUUGCCCGAGCAAUCGAGCUGAAGCACACUCCCGGACUGAUUGCUGCGCUUGCGUACGAAACAGCCAGCUUCUACCAGAGAGCAGAUCAUACUUUAUCCAGUUUGGAGCCUGCAUACUCUGCUAAAUGGAGGAAGUACCUUCACCUGAAGAUGUGCUUCUACACGGCCUAUGCAUAUUGUUACCAUGGCCAGACCCUGUUGGCUAGUGAUAAAUGUGGAGAAGCAAUCAGGUCUCUCCAAGAAGCAGAAAAAUUGUACGCAGAGGCUGAAGCCCUGUGCAAAGAGUAUGGGGAAACCAAAGGACCAGGACCUACAGCCAAGCCAUCAGGUCACCUGUUCUUCCGGAAGCUUGGCAGCCUUGUGAAGAACACCCUGGACAAAUGUCAGAGAGAAAACGGGUUCAUUUACUUUCAAAAAAUUCCAACAGAAGCCCCACAACUGGAACUCAAAGCAAAUUAUGGGCUGGUAGAGCCUGUGCCUUUUGAAUUUCCUCCUAUGAGUGCUCACUGGACACCGGAAGCGUUGGCUGCAUUUGAUCUCACCAAGAGACCCAAGGAUGACAGUGUCAAACCCAAACCGGAAGACGACGUGAAACCUGUAAAAGAACCGGAUAUCAAACCUCAAAAGGACACUGGGUGUUCUGUCUCUUAAGUGACACUUGUUUAGAGAUCUCGCUGCCAGUUCCUAAGAUGAACUGCGGGCUUCACUUCACCUUUUCUGAUUUCUAUGAAGCCCAUGGGAUAAUUACUGACUUCAGAGGGACUUGGCCUUUUGUUUAUUUAUUCUUGAUUUUUAACAUAGAAAUGUUUUAUGCUUUUGUUUCUGGGCUCUGCUUUUUUAAUCAGGACAGCACUUGGAAGGGUUGUUUUUAUGCCUUUAAUGAGUGUGCGUGGGGAGGGGGUUAGACUUAUUUGAACGCUAGAGAGUAAGUUUCAUGGUAAUGUUUUUCUACCUUCAUAAAAAAGUGUUUUGCUUCUUGUUUGAUACCAGAAGAAUGUUUUAAAAGAAAUGAGUUCCCUUCUUGUCACCGACUUGUUAGAUUUGAGUCUUCUGGUAGGAAAAGAAAUUUGCAGUUAAAAAUCAGAAAACCUUCAGACCAAAUUCUUUCCUUACACUUAGCAGCCAAUAAUUUACUAGAAAAAUCAGUGUUUAGAGGAAUGUGGAACUUAGGGAAACCAACGAUGGCGUACACUUCCCUUCCCUGCAGAGUCCCAUGUUCCCAUAGUCACCCUCAGUGUCCAGACAGUGAUUUUUUUACAAGUACUUUUUCUAAUGAACUUUUUUACUUAAGGGACAAAGCUUUGUACUAGCAUUUGGUGUUUCUGUAGAGAGAGAUAAAGAAUGGAAAGUGUGUUUUAAAGAAGUACAGCAUUGCAUGUUGUAAAGAAAGCCUUUCUUAGGCUCAGUCGAGAUAGAUUCUCCUGGCUCACACUGAUGAUUCCUUCGUUAAAAGCAUUUUAAGAAAAUAUUCUUUGUUACCUGAUUUUGGUGUACAUUGUGUCUUUAACAUGGUUUUCUUCGAUAUCUAGCCUAUCGGAUUUCUUUGACUGUAGGCCAAAGGCCAUAGCAGCAGAAGGUCAAGAUAUAGAUAUAAACUAUGAUCUUCAAAGUGGGUACCACUUAAACAGUUUGGUUAUAUCCACAGACUGGGAAAUAGAGGGUGUGUGACACUUUCACAAGUCAUAUAUGUGUAGUGUGUCCUGCUCGGUUACUCUCCUGCAGUGUUAACUCCUGUUCAUAAGUGGCAGAUUGGCUCACUCAAUGGGAACAGUAGUGUACAUGAGAGCUUACUGUGCACACGCCAGUGGGCAGGCACUUAGACAAACCACUGCAUCCACAUAGCAACCCUGUGGGAAACACAUCAGUCACAUAAAGUAUUGAAACAGGAAUGUACAUCUCAUGAUAAAGAAUGAACAUAUUAGCCUUCAAUCAAGAUUGUAUUCAAUAAAUCAUAUAUCAUAGUUUACACUCCUUGGAAACGCUCCGUAGAAUCAAUGAAGUUUUUUUAAAAAUAGAAAAGCUAGUUACAGCUUACAGUAUCUAUCAGUAUCUAUUUAACAUUUGAAGCUGCGGCUUUCAGAACACUUGGAGAAACUACUGAAUGAAUGGGCAUUAGGUUUUGUUUUGCUGCCUGUAGAAAAAAAAUACUAAGAUUUCCCUAACUACAGAGUUGCUUGUCCUAGCUGCCAUUUACUGACAACACUUUAACUAGUACUUGCUCAAGCCUGCUUGCUCUCUGCCCGUGGGACUUGUUUUAGGUACUAGUACUAACUAACUAGGUGGGAGAUUUUUGUGGACUGGACUAAACCACCACUAGUGAGGUGGAAACCCAUAUGUGUAAGGUGCUUCUACAGUAAGUACGGGUGAUGAAAUCCAUAAUUGACCGUGUUCACAUGGUCAGACAAGAAGUCUUCUGUUGACUGAAGAGGUGACACCUAAUGUACCCCAUUAUAUAAGGUUUUAAAGUGGUAUUGGGAAUUUGGGGAGAUACCGAAUGUGGAGCACUGGCAUGAAUACUGUAGGGAGAUGGAACUAUACAUUCGUGUUGCAUGUAUGUCAUACCAGGCAAGGACAGCUCACAUGCUACUACUGCUCAAUGUUUAUAUAAUGAUUUAUCUUUAUUUAUGAAAAUAAAAGCAAUUUUACUUACAUUUUCAUUGGA